GCGAGGCCGGCCGGGAGAGUGCGGGGUGGGAGGUGACCGGUGCGGGGCUCCCGGGCGGCGCGGGGCCGAAGGUGGCGGUGACGGCCUGAGGACGGGAGACGGGACCGCGGCGGCGGCGGCGGCGGCAGCAGCAGCGACGAUGCUGGAGACCCUGCGCGAGCGGCUGCUGAGCGUGCAGCAAGAUUUCACCUCCGGGCUGAAGACUUUAAGUGACAAGUCAAGAGAAGUUAAAGUGAAAAACAAACCAAGAACUGUUCCAUAUUUGCCAAAGUACUCUGCUGGACUAGAAUUACUUAGCAGGUAUGAAGACACCUGGGCUACCCUCCACCGAAGAGCCAAGGAGUGUGCACGUGCUGGAGAGCUGGUGGACAGCGAAGUGGUUAUGCUUUCUGCUCACUGGGAGAAGAAGCAGACCAGCCUGCUCGAGCUGCAGCAGCAGCUGCAGCAGCUUCCAGGCUUAAUCGCAGAUUUAGAAUCCAUGACAGCAAACCUGACUCAUUUAGAGGCUAGUUUUGAGGAGGUAGAAAACCACCUGCUGAAUCUGGAGGAUUUGUGUGGACAGUGUGAAUUAGAAAGAUACAAACACAUGCAGUCCCAACAACUGGAAAAUUACAAGAAAAAUAAGAGGAAGGAACUUGAAACCUUCAAAGCUGAGCUCGAUGUAGAGCACACCCAGAAGGUCCUGGAAAUGGAGCAAGCCCAGCAGAUGAAGCUGAAGGAGCGGCAGAAGUUCUUUGAGGAAGCCUUCCAGCAGGACAUGGAGCAGUACCUCUCCACGGGCUACCUGCAGAUCGCCGAGAGGCGAGAGCCCAUGGGCAGCAUGUCAUCCAUGGAGGUGAACGUGGACAUGCUGGAGCAGAUGGACCUGAUGGACAUCUCUGACCAGGAGGCCCUGGACGUCUUCCUGAAUUCCGGUGGUGAGGAUAACACUGCGCUGUCCCCUGUGCUCGGGCCUGAUGCGAGUCCCGGGCUGCACGGCGUCCGUCUACAGGUUCCAGAGCCUUCCCGGCCACCGGCCACGCCGGCCUCCCUGUCCUCAGCCGGUACCGACCCGGCCGCCCCGGACCCCAGCGAGGGCGGGGAGUCCCCCGUGGUCCAGUCUGACGAGGAGGGAGUCGAGGUGGACACCGCCCUCGCCACCCUCCACACCGACGACAGUGACUCGUAAGCCCGGGCGCCCGCCCUCCGCCAGCUUCCCGGGAAGGCGCGGUUGUGCAGCGGCCGCCGCGCAGGCUCGGGCUGCCGGGGGGCUCGGUUUUCCACACUGUUGCCGAUAACGUGUGAAGAACCGACUGAGAAGCCCCGAAAAUAAAGUCUGAUAACGUUCCUCCCAGCCAGGCUGCUCCAUCCGCACCCUCCGCAGGCGGGGCUGGGGGCAUCUCCCUCCCUCCCUCCCGGGGCCCCUGCCCACGGGGACGGGUCCCCCUCGGCCCGGCGCCGGGCGGGGAGGCAGCUGUGCCGUGGGCUGUGCUCGAGGGGGGCUGGCAGAGCGCAUCCUGGGCCGAGGGGCCCAGGGGACGGAGCUGCAGCCCCUGCAUCCGGAAAGGGCUCAUUUCACGCACUCAUCUUCCACACGACAGACCAGCGUCCAAAAAACUUUGUUUUUAUUAUUAAACCUUGUAGUACAAACCUGAAAAGUAAACAAAAAACUGGCAAUAAACAACAUGAAGUCCUCCCUCCCGAGGGAGGGGUGCAGAGCAGCGCUAAUAAAUUAAACGUCAGACCGAAAGCCGUAGGCAGAAGUUCACUGUCCAAGAGGGCGAGUACACAGCAAGGCCAUCAAAACCGGACAAGCACACUGGACAACACGACUCUGCUCAGGUAACUGUUAAAUAUUCCGACACAGUUCAGUCUUCGGCAACAACGAGUGACAAAGGGAAUCACAGGACGCUCCUGACAGUCCCACCGGCGAGCUCAGUGCAACACGGGCAGCUGCGGGAUCGGUGAAUCCAAUUAUGAAACAAAGAACAGCUUGUGAAAACAGUUUCCCUUUUUUAUUCCACACAUACUGUACACACAACCGGAGAAGGGCAACAGCUACUCCAUUAUUAUUUUUUUGUUGUUGUUCAGUGAUGUAAGCAGCACUUAUAAAUGUUACAAGAAAAACCCUGUAAGCAUCCAAUCCAACCGAUGAAGAAACUGAAGUGUAAGGCUUUUCUUCAUCUCGUCUUCGCACCCCUCCCCUCCCCCACCCAGAAAAAGGCUCAAGUAUUUAAAACAAUUUACAGGCGUAUGUACAAAAGGGAUGGGGUUCUUUUUUUUUUUCCUUUUUUUUCUUUUUGUUACAACAUGAAGAGAAAAAAUAGACCAGAUGAGCGCAGAUGCAUUUUCACAUUCAAAACGAACCGCAGACCUCCUCGUGGCUCUAGCUGUGAUCACCAACGAAACGAGUUUAAAAAGAAAGGUUAAUGCUGACCUGUGAAGGUGUAAAACAACAAAGCAGUGAGAUGAAGACGGAAUGUUAGAAAGAUUGCACAUCCAUGACAGAGAAGCACUUCGGGCUUCCAUCACUUUUUUCCUUUUUUUUGUUUUUUUUGUUUUUUUCCUUAAGGAUGCUAUUGAAGGGUUUUUUGAUAAAGUAGCCAACAGCACCAAAAAAUAACAGAAUGGAUUUCCUAAUGAAAUCAGGCACAGGUUUCCCUCACGUGACCCCUCAAGGCAGGCAGUCCUUUUCUUCUCUCUCCUCUUCUCCCUUAAGCAGAUGCAUAGUGAUGUGCUGGUAAAGAGAACCGCGUCCCGCGACCUCCUCCUCCCGCCUGUUGGGAAACAACGUCCGCCUUCAGCUGCCAUCACCGCCCAAAGAAACACAACGGGGAGUCUCCGGUUUCAACAAUUACAAACUCAUCUUGCACAUGACAGAAGAAAAGACAGCCCGAGUAAAGCCAUUUCUUUUCAA